UGGCAAUGUGCUAGCAUUAAUCGUAAAUAUGUAUCCAUUUGAAGGCACAUCGAUGCAACAGUAAUUCCGGAGAACCACAUAAAAGCCAGCCGUCUUCCUACUAUCGCCUUCAGAAUUACCUGAUCCCGCACACACGAUUCGCAAACAAUGCAUUUCUCCUCCGCAAUUGUGCUCGCUGUCAUUGCUGCUUUAGUAUCAUCAAGCUCUGCCAUGCCCACUACUAGCGAUGCAGCUGGCCUCGACGGCCGCGAUCCGAGUCAGAAAUGUCCCUCAACAUGCAGAUCAAAAUUAGCCUGCAGAGUUGAAGGAUGCUGCAUGACAGUACCGCCAGGAUUCUGGGUGAGUCACAUUCUUGAUUUUACAUCGGUGGAGUAUGGCCGUUGACACUGACGCGCGAGUUAAGGAUAAAUAUGUGUCAACAACCUAACUGACAC